AUGGAGCCAGCAUGGAGCCGGGUGGUUGGGGUGAUCCCUGCAGGAGGCUCUGGGUGGCUCUCAGCUGUGUCUGCUCUCCUUUACUUCCAGCUGGAUUGUUCCACAUACGAGCUGGAGCGCUUACAUACCAAAGUGACGUCGCUGUGCAACAGAAUAGAGCAGAUCCAGUGCCACAAUGCCAGGGACCGCCUGGCUCAGUCAGACAUGGCCAAGCGCAUCGCCAACCUGCUGCGUGUGGUUCUCAGCCUGCAGCACAGCCCGGAGCCGCUGGCUGACGGCAGCCCUGAGCUGCACCGCGUGCCCCUCCGCCUGCUGGCCCCCCACGUGGGCCGCCUGCCCAUGCCUGAGGAUUACGCCCUGGAGGAGCUGCGGGGCCUCACCCAGUCCUACCUGCGGGAGCUGACUGUGGUCACCCAAUGAGGGCCCGCUUUGAGCUCCUGUGGACUCUUUCAGUGUUUCCUCGCCCUGCUCCCGGGCCGGGAGCUCCACGGUGGCAGCCUCCGGCCGCGCAGGUUCGUCCGUGGAGCUGUGGGCAGCUUUAAGACGUGGCUUAAUGCCGAGCUGGGGAAGCAAUGGGUCUGCCUGGACCUCGCCUGUCGGCACUUGGACUUCACAGCUCUUUCCUAGAAUCAAUAAAAUGCCUCUUUGUGCAA